AUGUCAACAAGUCAAAGAAGUGAGAGUAUGAACAAAUUUUUUAAAGAUUAUUUGAAUUCUAGUACUCCAAUGAGUAUAUUUGUGGUGCAAUAUGAUAAGGCUAUUGACGCUAGAUAUGAUAAAGUAAGAGAGAAGGAUUACAAGACAAAACAUUCAAGGCCUAUCUUGAAAACUUUGUAUCCUAUGGAGGAUGAAGUGGCGAAGGAAUAUACAAGAAAGAUAUUUCAGAUUUUUCAAGAAGAACUAAUUCAAUCUCAAAAAUUUAUCUCUGAAAAGAUUGAGGUUAAGGACGGAAGAAACAUCUAUAAAGUGCAUCAACUUCAACGACAAAAGCCGACAUACAUCGUUAGUUUGGAUCUUGCAUUGAAAAGAGUUGUUUGUUCAUGCCACAAAUUUGAGUUCAUGGGAAUUCUAUGUAGACAUGUACUAAUGGUAUUUAUAAAGAAGCAGAUUCACUCACUUCCGACAUAUUAUUUAUUAGAUCGAUGGAGUAGAAAUGCAACCAAAGAAAGAGCUAAUGAUCCACCAAAUGAAACAAAAAAUUUGAAAUCUUCUACCUUAUGGUUUAAUAACAUUAUGAUACAUUCUAUUGGGCUAUCUGAACGAGCUACAAAGUCUGAAAAACAUUAUCAAUUUGCACAUCAAAGAUUAUUGCAAUUGUGUGAAGAACUUGAUGAACUUCCUUAUGAAUCAGAGGAAGAUUGUGUUGUAUCAGGUGGUCCAGGUAGUGAAAAAUAUUGUGAAAUAAUAUCAUGUGAACAAAGUCAAGAUACUACUCUGCUUGACCCUCCAGUAGCGGCAACUAAAGGGCGUCCAAGAUCUUUGAGAAUGAAAGGUGCUUUGGAAGUUACUCAAAAGACCAAAAAAGUUACUUCUCAGAAGCAAAAAAGGCAAACGAAAAGUAUGAAAUUUAAGAGAAAGGAAACAAGUUCAAAUUAUAAUGUCGAAGUCGAGCAGAAUGGUACAACAAUAUCUAACGAGGCUCAUUCAAUGCAGUUUCAACGAUAUCCAGAAUAUUAUCAAGGAUUUAUUGAGAACACUGAUUGUGCUUAUGCCACAUCAUUUACGGAGUUGAUGAAAGCAGCUUCAACUCCAUUCCAGCAACACCAUCCUAGUUAG